AUGCCGGCCAUCAUGGAUGAUCCAGAGUCUCCCACCAUUUACCGGGUCUCCGGCGAGCCGCCGUUUCCGGACCCGGCCAACCCAUCCCUGCCCCCGAUGAUCCUCCCGCGUCAGGUGACGCUCCGGGACCGCCAGACCGUCGCCACCCUCGUGCCCUUUGCGUCCCGGACCCAGGUGCCCAUGUCCCUGCUGCUCUACCUCAGCGACCAGUUCAAGAAGGAGGUCGAGGGCGGCGACACGUACCCGAUGAUCGAGCCCAUGCCCUUUGAGAAGUUUGCCAGCUACUGGUUCCAGAACUUUGGCGCCAUCAUGCUGCUCGGCAGCAUCGACGACCCGGCCGAGGUCGUCGAGGGCAAGGACUGGGGCCAGGAGUGCCUCGGCAGCUUCUACAUCAAGCCCAACUACCCGGGCCGCAGCAGCCACGUGUGCAACGCCGGCUUCCUCGUCACCGACGCCGCGCGCAACCGCGGCGUGGGCCGCCUCAUGGGCGAGGCCUACAUCGACUGGGCGCCCAAGCUGGGCUACACCUACUCCGUCUUCAACCUCGUCUACGAGACCAACGUCGCCUCGUGCAAGAUCUGGGACGGCCUGGGCUUCAAGCGCAUCGGCCGCGUCAAGGGCUGCGGCAACCUCAAGAGCUACCCGGGCCGGCUCAUCGACGCCAUCAUCUACGGCCGCGACCUCGUCCCCUCGGGCGAGGGCGGCGACGGCGAGGAACUUGUGAGUGAAGAGCGGUUUGACAAGAUCCGGUUCUACCUCAAGUACAGCCGGUAUCCCAACGGGGCUGACCGCGCCGAGAAAAGCAGGCUCCGCAGCGCCGCGACCCACUACAAGCUCCUUGAGGGCGACAAGCUCAUGCUCAAGGACAAGGAGGUCAUCUCGGACCCCCGCCGCCAGUACGACAUCGCCCGCGAGGUCCACGUCCUGCAGCACGGCGGCAUCAACAAGACCACCGCCACCAUCGCCGAGAAGUUCCACUGGAGCCGGAUCAAGGAGACCGUCAGCGACGUCAUCCGCAACUGCGCCGAGUGCAAGGAGCUGGGCAAGGCGCCCGUCCCCGCCGCGGCCGCCGCUGCCAAUACCGUCGUGUCCCGCCGCGGAAAUGGCACCCCUACUGGCUCCGCUGCUGUCGGGGGCACCGGCUCCACCCCGUCACCGGCCCCUCCUCCUACUGUUGAUUCCGCUGCCAGAGGUGUAAGUGCUGCCGGCAGGCGCCUGGAGCUUAGAGACCACCACCACCACCACCCCACGCUGCCAGCCUUCUCGGUGUCCUCGACCUCCUAUGCGGACCCCAGUGACAUGACCGUCAUGUCCCCCGGCCAGACCCUCCACACGCCGACAGAGUCUCCGCUGCCCCAGCACGCCACGCUGCCGGGCCACAGUCUCAUGCUGCAGGACUCAUCCCCCCACCAGGGCAUGCACCAACACCACCACCCGCAACAACACCGUCAACAACACUCUCACCCGCAACACCAGCACCAGCACCAGCACCACGCCCUCGCCGACCAGCACCACCACUCCGUCUACCAGCCCAUCGACCCGCAGAUCAUCAGCGACCCCUCGUCGCACGUCGUCCACCACCACCAUCAUCACCACCACGACGACCCCUUCGGCACGUUCAGCCACGCGCACGAUGUUGCCGCGGAGGACGCCGAUGCCGACACGGACACGUUCCAAGCCCUGCUCAACGCGACCGGCGAUGAUGACGUCGACGUCGUGGUCGACGUCGAUGUCGGUGUUGGUGUGGGCGUCGUGGGCGAGGAGCACCACCGGCACCAUCGCACGCCGGACGCGGACGCGGACGAGCAGGCGGCUAUGGACCGCGAGCUGGACAUGCUGAUCGAGGCGCAGGACGACGAGGACGACGACAACGAGGACGUCGAUGUCGGUCCCGGCGGCGGCGCGACAGCCGGCCAUCAUGACCAUGAUCGCGGGCAGCGGCACGAGCCCCGCAAGCACGGCCACGGGCCGCAGCACGCAGACGGCGGUGGCGGAGACGGUACUAUGGAAGUGGACGGCGAGGGGGGCAAAGGGGCCGUCUCGGAGGACAGCGACGCGCGCUCUCUGCCGGGCAAGGAUCAAACGCUGUACGAUGUCGGGUUUGGCGGCCGUGGGUGA